GCUGCGGCGCCAUGAUGUCACGGCCUGUACGUAAACCUUCGAGGGUGAGACGCACGGUGUAAUGAUGUGAGAGUGGAGAGAGAGAAAAAACAACAUACACGAAGACAGGAGAGACAGUAUGCAUAUUAUGCAUUUCAUAUUGACAAAAGGUAACGGUGCGAUCCGGAUACAUCGGUAUCUUUUAAAGAAAUCGGGAAAAGGUGGCCGAACAAGGUGUUUUUUACUCAUUAAUUCGAGGCUAGAGCAGAUCAUCUCGCAGCGAGCUCGCCUCAGAUUCGCCCGCCAUUCAACAUGGUUCUGCGUGCACGCGCCAUCAGCGCCAACUGUUAGUUCACUGGCCGAUUAGAGACACGCGCCGUCGACGAAAAACUCGACGCCCGUUACUCAAAAGAUAUAUGCAUGGAGGCCAAGCAUCUCUGCUACUUGCAGUUAUUUUGGAUAUAGACCUGAAAUACCCUGAUGUUAGAGGGUCAGAAGCUAUCCAGAUGACUUCUUAAUUCCCAUGGCCAAUACAGAGAAGCAGGGUGCAAUGGUGCUUCAUGAAGAGGGCAUGACUGCCCCUAAACUGGCACCUCCCACUACUUCUGCACCUUCCCUCUUUGUUGUUCUCAAACAGUUGCACCCUGGUGAAGGUACAAAAGACAAGAGCAGUCUGUUGACAAUAAAUGAGGCAAGUAAAGUGAUGAAAUCUACAAUCAGCUCUGCUGUAAUGGGCAGCCAUGCAACAUCAUCCACAUCACUUGUAGACACCAACACCACCACACAGGCAGAAAACGUGCCAGCAGAUACUAGAUGUAAGGGCAUCACAGUUACACUGGACAACAAUAGUAUGUGGAAUGAGUUCUAUAGAUGCCAGACUGAGAUGAUUCUGACAAAGCAAGGUCGUAGAAUGUUCCCUUGUUGCCGCUUUCGUCUCUCUGGUAUGGAACCCUUCCAGAGUUACUUGCUGGCAAUGGAUAUCAUUCCAGUUGAUAACCACAGAUACAAAUGGAGUGGGAAAGGAUGGGAAACGAAUGGGAAAGGUGACCCUCAUGUUUCACGUUUGUUUGUACACCCAGAAUCCCCUGCUACCGGCCUACACUGGAUGCAGUACCCUGUUUCAUUUUAUAGACUGAAGGUUUGCAAUAACACCUUGGACCAGGAUGGCCAUAUUAUUUUGCACUCAAUGCACCGGUACCUUCCUCGACUUCAUGUCAUACCUGCAGACAAAACCACUGAAGACAUUCAAAUUGACAGGCCUGAUGUCAUAACACUUAGUUUUUCUCAGACCGAGUUCUUUGCUGUCACCGCCUAUCAAAACCUACGCAUCACUCAACUCAAAAUUGACUACAACCCCUUUGCCAAAGGUUUCAGGGAGGAUGCUGUUAAUGCCCGAUCUUCUAAGUCCAAGAAUGGAAUAUCCAAAGAGGAACCAGAGACUGACCUCAGGCUAAGUAGGGAGACAACAACUUUGAAUAAUUUGAAAACUCUGUUCAUGAAGAGAAAUGCUGCUGUGAAGGUCAACAGGGAUCAGAAUGUUCCAAGCCCGACAAAUGGGGAAAUGAAAGUUGUUAAUGGUGAUGCUCCCAUUGUAGACAGAGAUGUUAAAAGUUUGUGUAGCAAGAAGCGCCCAUUGCCAGGGACAUUUUCAGACUUCAUUAAACAUGCUCACGUGAAAAUCAAAAGGUUAUCGCUUGAGAAUAUCCAGCAAAAUAGUGGUAUCCUGCACACAGCCUCAUCUUGCACAGGUGGAAUAAAGGAGGUGAUGGAGAUAUCAUCCAAAUCAGACAAUUUAUUACAGGUUGCUAGUAAGGAGGAAACUGUAAUAGGUGAUGGUCACAGAUGUAAAAGCCCUGAUACACCCUCAAAAAUAGAGUUAAUAAAAACUGAUGAAAAUAAACCUGUAAUAAAUGAACGCAAAGAUAAUGAGUUCACAUUGCUAUCCAGUGACCAGAAAGCACCAAAAUUGGGUGAAAAUGGAAAAGAGGAGUCACUUUCUUCUCUGGGCACUGAGGUCAAGCCUGAAGCAAAACCGAAGAAAACCUUGCCCCUACCGCUUCUUGCGCAGUUUCUCAAACAGAGGAAGUCUAAAACAAGACCUGCCACCCCAAAACCUGAAGUUCUUAGCAUGUCUUUAGACUCUGAAAAGUCCUCUAAACCUGUCUCAACCACUGAAAGCUCAUUUGACUUGAUGUCUUCCACCCCUUCUGAUGCUACUCCAUUAGAUUCACAACCAGUAUUUACAUCAUUAUCUCAGACUGUUACAUUAUCAACAACAGAAGCAAAUGAAAUGACAUCUUUGUCCACUGCUCUCUUAUCACCCUCUUCAUCAACUGUAGUCCCCAACAUACCAGUAGAAACACAAAUACUUGAAAGAUUUUCACCUUCCCCAUCUGCAAAUGAUCCAUUUCAUGCCCCCAGCACUACCUCUAACCCCAAACCUAACUCUGACCCAGCCCCUGAAAGUUCCUCUGAUGUGUUCUAUGAUGUUGAUACUAUUUCUGAGCAAGGUAUUGACAACACACUCAGGUCUCAUUCAGAUAUUUUAUCUUCCCUCGCUUGUAACACAUUAGAUGACACUCAUUCUCACACUAUACCUGAAGUUAACACUGACUUUAUCACAUCGGAAACCCCCUCUGUCACCAUAUCUUACUCUGUUUUUGAAGUUCCAUCUUUUACCAACAAUGAAGUUAGUCCUGAAGUUAUUAAUAACCAGGAACACACCGUAAUGGCUCAAGUUGUUGAGAGUCAAUCUGUUUCUGAUUGCCUCCUGGACAGUGCCAAGAACUCUUGUCCUGAACUUUUUUCCCAAGAAGUUCUUUCAGACGCUCUGUCCACACAUGAGGAAUCCUUUACCCUGCCAUUGGAUGACCCAUGUUCCCCAGCCUUCUCCUUACCCAGCCCAGCUCCUUCUUCUCCUGACCCUUUCCCACCAGAUCUAUUCUGUGACAGGCCAGUACCUCCUAGAAAGACCCUUGAUUCAUUCCCAGAACGACUAUUGGAUUGCACAGGUCAUGCUUGUUCUGACCUUUUCCAGCUAAGUCUAUUUUGUGACAGUCCAGUACCUCCUAGAAAGGCCCUUGAUUCAGUUCCAGAAAGACUACUGGAUGGACCAAUAACUUCAAAAGAUACAUUGUCGCCAAGCCUCCCCGACUGGUCAGGACAUCCCAGGGAAUCAAAGGACUUGUUCUCUCAAAGUCCACACACUGAUAGACCAGGUCCUCUUAAUGACUUGCAGUCAGCUGUUAAUUAUAAUAGCAGUGAGAUCGCUGUUUCUGAUCCCAUUGUUCCUGAUCCCAUUGUUUCUGAGCCAACUAAAGAAUACUCUCAUGGAAGGACUUUCAAGAAAUCUAAGACUAAACAGAAAAAAAUUGGAAAGAUGAAGCUUUGUGAAGAUAAUGAGGUGGUUGAAGGACCUGUACCUGUCCCAAUGCAGCCUAGCCUGGAGGAUGUAGAAGGCCAAUUAUUUGUCUCCUUCAUGUCAAAGGAAGCUCUUGAGGUUCACCUUGGAGAUGACACCAAUACGGAGGAGACACAAACAACAUCAGAGAAUAUAGAUGGUGAAGGCAAUGGAUAUGUUGAGGAAAAGAUUGAGAUGCUAGAGAAGGCCCUUUUACAUGAUCUGAAAAUCAUGAAGCACAGACAGGUCAUUCAUCCAGUGCUUCAAGAAGUUGGCUUGAAGUUGAAUCUACUUGACGUCUCCCUGGAAAUUGAUCUGCAAUAUCUGGGUGUGCAAUUACCCAUACCCCCACCUGUUCUCUUACCUGAAGAAAGUUCAGCAUCAUCUCAGGUACGGUUUGUUUCAAGGACAGGGAAAACUAGCGACUUCACUAAAAUUAAAGGUUGGAGAGAUAAGUUUGCUGGCUCAGGAUCCCUGCAUGAAGGGGAAUCAAGCAUAGAUGCAGAGCAGAAGAACCUCUCUGCCUUCUGUAGUGACAUGUUGGAUGAGUACCUGGCCAGUGAGGGCAAGCUGAUUGAUGAACGAGCUGCCAACUUGUCCCAGACUGUCACUAUGCCUGUAGCAUACCAGCUACCCACUAAGAGCACUAGCUACGUCCGUACCCUGGAUAGUGUGCUUAAGAAACAAGUACCUCCCUCUUCAUCCUCCUCAUCCAAACGAUCUCCAAGAUCUAAUAAAGGCAAGCUGACAUCCAAGCCCAAAGAGGAUAAAAAAUCUAAAAGAUCUUUGAAAUCUGGUACACGAAAGCAAAACCUUAGUACAACAAAUCCAGUCAGCAGUGUUGAUAAACCUGCUUUGAGCGUGAAAAAGCAGCUACAUAGCAAGAGAUCCAAAAAUAUGAUGAAAUCCAAGAGUUUGAGUGCAGAAAGGCGUAUUGUACAAACUACUGCAAUGGUAUCUUCUGAUAAGACUUCCACGGUUGAGGUCUCUGGCUUCACAGCAGCAAGCUCCUCAGGGGGUCGCAGUCCAGGCUUGCCCAAGACUCUGGUGAAGCUGAUGGAUGUGGAAGAUGGAGCAGUGUGGGAAGGCAAGCAUCGGACCUUUAUUACAGAAGAGAGAGCGGCCAUUGCUUUAGCCACUCUUGUCACUGCUGAGGGUGUAACAAAAGGAAACCCUGAUGCCAUCAGAAUUAUAAAACGACGUGCACCACCUUGCCUCAAUGUCUUCUGCAGGCUUGGCUGCGUCUGUGCCAGUCUGGUUCACUCAAGGCGCCAUCAUCACUGUGGCAAACCACAGUGUAUGUUGGGCUGUAGCUGCCUGCGACGCAAAGUUAUUGCACUAAAGACCCCCAAAAAGGAAGAAAUUGCAUCAGAGGAGUCUGAACCUCAGGUAGUAUCCAAUGAGAACAAGGAUAAGUGGAAGAAAAAUAAAAAGAGAAAAACCUACGUUCUGACAGAUCCUGAGGCAGCAUCUGAGCCCGCUAAGCGUGUGAAUACAUUAUGGGAUAAUAAAAGUGAAGAUUCUGAUUCAGAAGUUCUUUUCUCCCCUCCUCCUCCGAGAUCCCCAUCUCCUGCACUCUUGUCUCAAGAGCUGCAACACGAUCUGGAAAGCUUUUUCAGUCCCUUAAAACAGAAAAGGGUGGUAGAGAGAAAUUUGAAAAUGACAAAGGACCUUAUGGACACCAGGCCAACUUGUGCUCGUGUGCGACCGUUUCUCUGGAGGUGUGAGGAUAAACAAAAAACGGUUGACCAACACCACAUCUCACAGGUCUCUACACAAGAUAUUGAGGAGGGGGAGCUUGUACCUCUUAAUUUGUCUGGCCCUUCCAAGCGGCUUGAGAUCAUAUCCGAGUGCAGUUGGGCAAGUACAGACAGCAGAAAUGACGUUCUGCGGAUAGUGUGUGAGCACAUGGCUCUGGAUCGUUUAAAGCACCCUUUCUGGAUUGGCAAGUACUAUAUCCAGCCAAUCUCUAAGACCCUAGAAGAGACAGAGGAGGGUUCUGUCUACAUAUACAAAGUCAACAUCUCUCAACCUGUGGAGAAGAAAAGGGAAGAUGAGAAAGUUACGCAACGGGAAGCUGAUUCGAAAAAGCCUGUAGGGAAGAAUGAGGUGAAAGGUCUGCCCUUCCUUUCCAGGUGUUCACCUGCAGGCUUGCUCAAAGCUGAGAAAAAACCACAUGAUGCCCCAGGCCAGAUAAUGGUCAAUGGAAAGCCAUACCCACAAGCCAAGCUAGAGCUUGGUCAGAUGGGGGCUUUGCACCCUGCCAAUAGACUGGCUGCUUACAUAACAGGGAGAAUAUGUCCAGUCAGUCAGUCUGGAUCUAACAUGGUAGCCAUAGCGACCACUACAAAGGCCUCUACCACAUUGGUUCCAGUCACUAGUGUGGCCACAGUAACCACAGUUACCAACACAUUAUCUUCUACAACCACAUCGCUUAUCAAACCUUUAGUGACCAAGCCCCCAGUGGGAAAGGUCUUCACCCAGUUUGUGGUCAACCACAUCAACUCUCAAAAUGUGCCCAGUAAUAGCACUCCUCACUUACAGCCUUCUGCUCCAAAUAUUGUCAUCCCCUCCACUCUGUUGAUGGUUGACAGAGAGGCUGGAGCUCCUGGGGUGGCUCUUCCUUCUCCAAAAGCAGGCUUGGCUACUCAGGUGUCUGAACCCUUAAACACCACAGGUAGCACCAGUUUUCCCACUGAAUCAAAAACUCAAGCCACUGCCAUCACCACUAAAUCGCCCAGCCUGCGUCUGGGUGGGUCUAGUUUAACCCCAACAACCGUCUCGUCCUCUGGAUCUGCCACUUCUGGGAAAAAGACUGUUUUGAUCACAGUUAUGUCCCAAAAUUCAGGGCUCUCCAACAGUAGUUCACAGCCUCCAAAGCCAGUCACGCAGAUUCGGCCCCCUCAGACACCAGUUCAAAAGAUGCUGCUUCAGGUUGUGAAAACAGCAGAUGGCAAAACAUUGUACCGUAAUGCCAAUGGACAACUCGUUCAAUUGGUGCCUCUUAGUCAGAUCAAAGCCAUCAAGCCCAACCUGCUUUCUCAAAGCCCAACAACCCUUAUCUGUUUCCCCGGGCCUAAUGCAGACCACCGUCUGAAUAACUGUAAGGCUGGCAGCACCACCAUAGUCACGUCAUCCAGCCAAGCAUCUCAAACUCAGGCAAAAACUACUGUUACUGUACCAGUCUCUACAUCUUUGCCUGUGACUGGCAAGCCAGUCACUCUUACUGCAUCCAAGUCAGUUUCCUAUAGCAGCCUUCCUUCCACCCUUAAAGUUGCCCCAAAUUUUAUGGGACAGUCUGGCACUUGCACAUUAAGAAUUCUCCCAAUACCCAAAAUUGUCAAAGACACCAUGACUCCAAUUUCUUCCCCUAGCUUCUCACAGGGUGGCUUCACAUUGCUCACAAGUUCAACACCACAGAACCAACAUUCCACAAAGUCUGAGACCACAAUUUCUCUGAGCUCUAUUCCAACGAAGGGGCCAAUCAGUCAGGUCCAAGCAUCACUUGACUCAAAUAAACAAUCUGAGAUGGUUCCUGAUCAACAGAAUAGCUUUAACUAUUCCAACAUGUCUGAAAGAAUUGCAGAAAAUGUUACACAGCCUCCAUCUUCUGCCUCCACUACUCAAAAACCCAGACAGUUUUCUGGAGAUGGUUUUAGCCCUGCACAUAUGGAGCAGGCUGAAGCUAGUAAAAAAGCUAAUCCCAAAGUGAAUGAGAUGGAGUUUAACACCACACCAGAUCACAAAGAGGAAGACAAUGAUUCAGACGAAACAGAAAUAACUGAUGACUCUGACUUGUACAGUGAAGAUGACCAUGACAACGGCGCAUAUAGUUUGAGUGAUUCUAAUAAAGCAGAGAGGACUGAGGAUAGAGACCCUGAAAUAAAAGAUUUUGUGGAGGUGGAGGUUGAUAUUGAAACUAUUGAAGAGUCUGUAGAGAAAAACAAUAUCGCACAUCUGAGGGCGUUUGCAAAAAGGCGAAAACAACAUCAACGUCGCCGGAAGCAAGUUCUUGAUGCCAAGAAGCAAAAGAAGCUAAUGGUGCACAUGGAAAAAGAGAGGCACAGACGCAUUUCAAUUGGAGAAUGCUUUCUUAACCUUCAGGCAACACUCAAAAAGCCUUCAAAGAAUUUUAAAGCCUCCAAAAAUAGCAUCCUCACCCUGGCUCAAGAAGAGAUUGAGUCACUAAUUAAGCAGCAAGACCAGUUAUUGAAAAAAAGAGAGAAGCUGAGUAUUAAGAGAGAGCGUUACAUACAGACCCUUUCCCUAUUGUCUGACAAGAGUGCAGAGUCCAUCAGUCAGAAGCUUAAUGAAAUUAUUGCUAAACAAAAAACACUGGAGGCCCAAAAUAAAGCAAAAGAGAUUAAGUCCCAGUUUAAGCAGACCACUUCCAAACCCACACCCAAACCUAAACUAGCUGAUCUCAGUAGUAAGCGGAAAGGUUUAACGGUCCAAAACAAAGUAAAACCCACCCAGUCUCCAACAAAACCAAUGGACUUAAGUGUUAAGAAACAAAAAAGCCUGGAAAAGUCUGAAAGUUUAAUAGGGGCCUUGAAACCUAUAGAUCUUGAUGGUAACAAAAACACAGCAAAAACUCAGGAUAAAGAGAAAGAUAUUGUGUCUAAACUUACUCAGCCAACCAUUAAUUCUACUCCACCAAAGAAACCUGCUCCUGUCCCAAGUGCUAUCCAACAUUCUGUAAUUCCUCGAGAGAGAACACGCCCAAACAUCCUGUCCCGCUCUUCAUCCCAGACGAUACCAGUAUCUCCAGUCAAAGAGCCUACUGUAACUAACGUGUGUAUUCCCCAGGUAAUUCCUUUGAUGAAUACUAUGGUUCCAUGCAAUCAAAUCAUAACAAUAAACAACCCCCUUCAACCCCUUGGCAUCACCUCAGUAGGAGGACAGCAGUCACUCACACCAGGUGUAGCAUCUGUGUCCAUAUCAGUUCCUGCAAUAUCUCACCCAAUUAGACUGGAAAAUCCCCUUCCAAUGUUGCAGCCUCAGUUUUUAAAAUUUACAAACACGCAAGUGGAAUCUGCCAACAUUCCAAAGAUUUCCAACGUUAUUUCUCUGGUCCCACCAGUGGAGAAUGUGGUAAUGCCACAGCAAGGUGUGACUGAAAAGGAAAACACUACACCUGUUGUCCAGGCACAGCCAAUUUCUAUUCCUGCAUCUGUGGAGAAUCAGCAGAAACUCUCAGAUGAACAAAUUCCAGUUUUGGAGGAAAGGGAAAUUGUGGAUGGGCCUCAACAUCAAGAUGUUCCCAAGCCACUUGUUGGAGGAGAUGAGAUAAACACAUCCAUUACCUCAUCCAAUCGAAAUGAGUUGGACGGAGAGGAUAAGGAAGACAGCAAUGAUACAGAGGAUGAAAAUCUGAUGUCUUUAUUAGAUGAACUUGUUCUCCUCAGCCAGCAGCUGAGUGAUGAUCCCGCUGAACCACUGAAUGAAAAUUCUAGAAUUGUAGUUCCAGGUGAGGUUAGCUCACGUACUGACAACGAAGAUCAGAGAAUUAUGAUUCCAGGUGAGGCUGGCUCAUGUACUGACAAGCAGGCAGAUCUAGACAAGGAUGAUGAUGAUCGUGCCCUUAGUCCCUUGUUCCUAACGCUUGAUGAAGAUCUGAUGUCUCCAGAUAACUCUAAAGAUGACAUUGAUAUCCCACCUAAAGUGGAUGACUUGGUCAAAGUUAUCUUUGGGUCAGAAUCACCUUCUGCUUCAUCUGAAUCUGGCAUUGCAACAUCAACAAACAUACAAAAUCCUCAAAGUCCACCUGUCCCAUCAUGCAAUGUUAAAAGUGAUGCUCCUACUCCGCCGCCUCUGUUACAUAUGAAAGCUGCAUGUGGGGCUGCAUCAAGUCACUCUGCCAAUGAAGGGGCAAAUGUAGCAUGGCGGCCUAUGCCCAAACUGGUUCCUCUAGGAUUAAAGACUCAAGAUCCUGUUUUGAAUAAAGCAAUUUGCUCCUCGGUUCUCAACCCAGACUCAAAGGUGCAAGGUGUUCAUAGACAACAUAUGUGAUCUACCAAUCAAUGAAUCAGCGCAUAGUGGAAGGAAACCAUGUGAGGGCGAAGCUGCUCCUAAUUGUUUGCUCUGAGGAUUUUGUGGGAUCAUUAGGGUGUUUUUCUGGGUGACCUUAUCAGGAAUAAUUGAAUUUGCCCAUUGACUUUUAACAGUUGAGUUAACCAGUGAACCCUAGAGUUUAUCUGCUAAUGAGUUCACGCAAAUGUCUUUUUCUUUACAUCUAGCGGAAACUUGGACCACCUUCUAUUUUACCCAUUACAUUAAUGCAUGUUUUAACACUGUUAAGGCAAUAAUAGUUGCAAGUCUAUGUUCUUGUUACAGAAAAGCUGGCUUAUAUACAUUACACUUAUAUAGUAUGUUGAGUGCCUUUCAAAAGGUCCUUCUAUAUGCGUUUUAGGAUGUAGAAAAGUUUUGUGUAUUAUACUAAAUACUAAUGUAACUAACAGCAUAAGAAUAGAAGGAUUUAGGGCAUCCUCUUUGAUUUUGCAAAGGUUUGUUUUGUCAAUAGUGCUUUUUUUAAUUUAUUUUUCUUUAUUAUUUUUUCUUUACUUCAUUAUGUUUUCAAUGCAGUUUGAUUUUAUUCAGAAAAUGAUGUUUGAAAAUGGUGAGUUUAGUUGUGGACUGCCUACAAUAGUUUCCCUACUUGUUACAGACAACCACAACAUAAAUUUUUGCUUCAUAUAUAGUACACUGUCUGAAGUGAAGGGAUUUUAAAGCUAUUGUACCACACUUCCUUAUAGUGUCAGAUGAGGUAGUUAACAGCAGGGGAUCUCUCAGUUUGACCUAAAGAAAUGUAGUAAUCACUAUGCAAUUCCGCUUUGGAUUUGGAGGCGCAAGUACACAAAAACAUGAUGGGAAAAUCAAAAGGCUUGAUAACAUGAGAUGUAAUGUCUCAUUGUUUCUGAAGUGUAAUGUUGUAUGUAGUUUAUGCUAGACUGGUUUAUUUUGUAAAUAAAUGUUUUGGUAUAUGUCUGUAUAUCUGUCAAUGUGUGACAUAUUUCUUAGAUACUGUAAAUAUGUAAAAUGUAUUUCUUUUUUGUAGACCUCCAAACUGUCUGUUAAAAACAUGUAUGUUUUAUAUGCUAUAAAUCAGUGCUCUCUCACCUUCUUUGUAAAGGAGAUAAGAAAUGUCCUUUUAAGUGAAUAAAAAUGUGCCCAAUUCUUAAGCGAAUGUUUUAAAAAUCUCCAUUCAUGAUUCUAGUCUUUGGGGUCAAUUGAAAAAGCUAAAUUGAUACAACAUUCAAAAAGAUGUGUAUAUUAUUUUGCUAUCUUGGUUUUAAGCCCAAUACACGCUCUUCUCAGUUCAGUUCCAGAUUUCCCAACUUGAUAUAUUCUUUAUAAAAAGUUAAUUUUA